AAUGGGCUAUCUGAAAUUGUGGAUGAGAUUGUGGAUAUCAUCUUCCCUUUCUCUAAAGUUUCAGAGAAAAAAAGGUUUUAUGAACUAAUUUCCCUGAAUCCAACUUCAUAACAGUCACUAAUCGAUUCAAUGGAGCUUUCUCUUCUUCUUCCUUCCUACAAACAAAACCCCACUAUUUUCCACAAGCCCCUCAACCCCUCCGCCAUUAUCGGGAAGAGGCGGCCAUCUCUUUUCCCUUGUCGAUGCUCCUUGUCGUCUUCACAAGAAGAAUCUUCAGAACAAGCUAAAGAAUCGCUGGGGUGUGAGGGAAGAAGGGCAUUGAUUGGUUCUCUCCUGUCGACGGCUACUGGCAUAUAUUUCUGCAAUGUAGCCGAGGCUGUUAGCACAAGUAGAAGGGCUUUAAGAGCAUCAAAAAUACCUGAAAGUGAGUUUACAACUCUCCCGAAUGGUCUGAAGUACUAUGACUUGAAGGUUGGAGGAGGAACUAAGGCUGUGAAUGGAUCCCGUGUUGCAGUUCACUAUGUGGCUAAAUGGAGAGGGAUCACCUUUAUGACAAGUAGACAAGGGCUUGGUGUUGGUGGAGGAACGCCUUACGGAUUUGAUGUAGGGCAAUCAGAACGAGGAACAGUCCUCAAGGGUUUGGAUCUAGGUGUUCAAGGCAUGAGGGUAGGAGGCCAGAGAUUGCUUAUAGUUCCUCCUGAGUUAGCUUACGGAAGCAAAGGGGUUCAAGAAAUUCCUCCAAAUGCAACAAUAGAGUUGGAUGUGGAAUUGCUAUCCAUCAAGCAAAGUCCAUUUGGAACUCCAGUAAAAAUUGUUGAAGGUUAAACAAAACUGUUCUGAUAGCGCGAUAUCUCAGUGAUGUGGACUGGCAAAGAUUGAAACUAUGAAAUUGGUGCUGAAGGGAAAAGCUUACCUGGUUUGAAUUUGAAUCUUCUUUAUUCAGCAAGAUAUGUCCAUUACCUUUUUAUUUAAUAUUUAAUUUUUAUUGAAAUGUAAAUUCAUUCUCCCAUCUUAAUGAAUAUCACUUGUACUUUAUGGAAAGCAACUGAGAUUUUUUAGGUA